AUGUCAAGCUUUGGCCGCCGGAUUGGCGGCAGCUCGCGUCGACGUGGCGUCAACAACGCACACAUGAUGGAGACAGAUGAUGACCUGCAAACGAGAACGGCACGCUCAAACGCACCAUCUCCAAAGGUGCGAGCGCACCUAAGGCAUUGGCCGGCUCACCUUCCCCGCCUCCCAGCACACGACCCAGCCAUCGAGCGAGUCCCUGCCUGGAAGAAGUCACGCAACGACGAGGAAACUAGCAAACGCGCAGCAGCGUCGCAAGCUACCUCCAACGCCCAACACCGCACCGUCAAGCGCGACCAGAAUACCCAACGGAGACGGGCGGCGACUCAGACUCAAUCGGCGCCGAUACCGGUACCCGCGCUCUUGACGACCAACACCGCGUCGUCUACGAGUCACACCAUCGCCGAUCUCCAAAAAGACCUGGUCCGCACCGUCAACAGCGAGAAGGCAGCCCUUGCGGAACUACGAGCCCAUCUCCUCGAACUCCAGCGGUGUUCCAACCGCCCCGCCGACGCAUCCGAAGCCCUCAUAUCCAGCGCAGAACACUCGCGCGCCGAAGUCGCGGACCUCCGGGAAACAGUCCGAGGUCUACGCAGUGAAAUCGCACGGCUCAAGUUUGAUGAGGACGUGCUGCGGGAUACAAUGGCCACAAGUGAGCGGGAGAUGGUAGCACUAGUGUCAGAGAUCGAUGCGCUGAGGGCUAUUGCCACUGCUACUGGGUUUGGGCCGGAGGACUGCGCGGCCUUGGAUGCAUUCAAGAUGAGCACGCAGGUUGUCAUUACGCGAUUGAAGAACUCGAAUCGGCGGCUGGUGAGGGCGAUGAGGCGGCUCAGGCGGACUUGUUCUGAGCGGGAGGAUGCCAGGUUGGAAGUCGAGGGUCUUCGGGCGGCGCAGCGUUGUGAGGGAGAGGAUUUGAAAAGGGAGAUUGAGUUACUGAGGGUUGAGAUCACGGUGCUUCACCAUGCCGGUUCCGGGGGGUCCCGGCCAACGGCGAUUUGA